CAUCAACAUCCGGCGACACGUCUCUUCAACCCACUUCCGAGCCUUCUGAUACAUGUUUUUUUUAUUUAAACCUCUCCCGUCUUUUCAUUAAAAGACAAAUGUUACGUCUUUGACACAAUACUCAAAGUCAGCUAGGCAGUUUAAAGUGUAGUUAACCUGCGGCGCCUUCGACAAGCCCAGAGCUUCUAAUGGGGGAGGUGAGGAAGCUUCAGAAGAAGUUGAGACAGAUUGGAAAUCUGGAAAUAAAAAUCAGUCUUACCCCAGAGGAGAGAUUCAAGAUCUCCAGGAAGGCGGAGCUGCGUUCCAGAUUGGCUGAGCUUCAGCUGCAGCUUUCUGGCCCGCAGCAAACUCUGGGGAUUGUGGGAGACGGAAAAAAGGAGAAGAUGAAAAGACAAGUGGAGGAUACCCCUGAGGCCCUUCCAUCACAAACGCCUCCAGCCUCCAAGAUCCUUAAGGGAGAAGAGAAGUCCAAAACUCAAGCAACGCCAGCGCCGGCUGCCAGGCAGAGGGAAACAGGAGGGGGAGCACGGAUAGGCAGACAGCAGGAAAGGACAGAGCCGGCCAAGGUGUCGGAUCACUGCCGAGACGUGUCAGGAGGCUGCUCUGACUUUGACACAGAUCAGCAAAUUCGACAGUCAGAGGCUGAAUUUGCAUCCCUCAAAUCGUCUUGGGAGAAAGCAAAGUUUCGCUUGCGGCUGUUGGAGGGUCACAAUGACAUCGUCACCUGUGUGGUUGCUGUUGACAACCUGGUUGUUUCUGGAAGCCGAGAUACGACGGUGAAGGUGUGGCACGUUCCCACGGCAACGGAGCACAAGAACCUGGGGGGUCACGCUGGUGGAGUCACCUGUCUGUCUGCGCCUCCCCCUGAGUACUGCAGGAGGCUGGCCCGGUCCCUGUCUUUGUCCGACAAGGAGAGGUUUAUUUUGAGUGGCUCGGCAGACUGCUAUGUGAAGAUCUGGGCCCUGAGCAUUGGGCAGUGUGUUAAGUCUAUCUACACGUUCAACGCUGUGACUGCACUCUGCUUUUUGCCAGAGGAAGAGGGCUACUUUAUCACUGGAUCAGAUGGGGGGAAAGUGCAAGCCUGGAGCUGGCAAACUUUCGAAAACUGCCAGUCAAUCAAUGCUCACCAGGAAGCAGUCACCUCCAUCCAGUCUCAGGGUCCGCUGGUGUUCAGCGGCUCGGCAGAGGGAGGGGUGUCUGUGUGGGAGAACCGGUGUUCAGAUCGAGACCCCCUGCGGCUGCUGCACCACUGGGGCGAACAGGUGACGGGCUGUGGAGGGGGGUCGGGCGGGCGUCUGACCCUCAGCCCGAGGGGAGACAGAGUGUUCCUGUCUUAUGGUCAAGCCUGGCUCAAGAUCCUGCACUGGAGGACCGGAACCAUGUCCAGACUGACCAAUCACAACAGCAUCACCGGGGUAACAGAUUGUGUUCACCAGACAGGAGGCCUCCUAAUUGGCUCCUGCUAUGAUCUGGCGAAUGGAGAGAGCUCGCUAAAUUUAUUCUCUCUGCCUCAGUGUCAGUACCUGGCCUCUCUCUCCUGGCCCGAUGCUCCCAGAAUCCUCUGCUUUACAGCGUGGGCCACAGGAAGCGGAGACCACCGGUGGGUCACUGGAGGUCAUGACCUCAUUGUAUGGGAGCAGCUCCCCAGUUCUGGGAAGCAGAGGGGUGAUGUCACAGUGAAGAGAGACAGUCGGUUGGAGUCCUGUUCGCUGGAAUCAGAGGGGGACACAGAAGAUGACGAGGAGACUGAUGAUUACGAGGAUGAUGAUGACAACGCUGAAGGAAAAGACAUUGCGGAGGAUGGAGGGUCCGGCUCGUGGUUGCGCUGCAUUCUCCAGUGAGUGCUGGUUUCUCAUGCUGAGGACACCACGGCCUGCAGCCAUGAAGAGGAAAUGAGAGAGAGAGAGAGGGAGCGUAGUGACAGCAAAGGAGGGUGCAGGGGAGCGAAGUGUGACAGACUGACUGUCAGUGUCGGCGGGGGGAGCGUAUGGAUGAAGACGGGGAGUGCGUGUGUAUAUGUGAGUGAUAGGCAGAUUGCUUUACAUGUAAAUAUUUCCACAUACAAUAAAGCUGUCACCCUUUGACUCUUACCUCCAAA